CUUCCACGCCGAUCCGCAUUGUGCAAUUCACAUUGUAUGCUACAUGGCAUCGAGACUCGCAGCAUGCGAGCCCUGUCGCAAGGCCAAGCUAGCCUGCGACCAUCAACGGCCGGUGUGUUCGCGCUGCCAGAAGAGUCGGGGCGUGUGUAUCUACCGCACGGCCCCAUUCAAGCGGCGGCGGGUCGAGAAACCGAGGUAGGAUCUGAAUUCGUGCGAUCGCCUGAUCCAUCGCCAUCGUUCGAACCGCGGCGCAAUCUGUAUCCGAAUCCUGGAUACUUGGGCUCGUCGAGCCACGCUGCCAUAUUUAAGCACAUCACCCCGUCUACGGAUGGCGAGCAAAGCGCGAGUAACCAGCUAUCGGGCUCCGACAACGUUAGCUCGCAAUGGAUCGGUGAUAAUCACUUGCUACUGCAGGGCGCAGAUGUCUUGCGACAUGUGUUAACUACUUAUUCCUUAACGGGGAUGAAAGACCUCGUCUUGUUUUGGCUGGCCAAGGGUGCAAAUCUAGCCCUUGCAGAACCAUUCGUGGCACAAUGCGCCGAGAGUGUCAGUCAAUUAUUUACAUCGCACGAUGAAAAGUGGCAUUUGGUAUAUGCCCAGCGUUUACUACAAAAUUCCGUCCGGCCGUUGCAGUUUGAUUCAUCAUCGGAUCUGGAGAGUUUUUCCGCACAGUUUCUGGAUCAUAAUGCGAGAUGGGAAACCUUGGGGAUUUUCUUUGCGGCUGUUAGCCGAGCGACAAUUGAUAUUCCAUUCUUUCCGCUGCUCUACAAUUCUGAGGAGCAGCAGUAUACGUUGAGACGUCUCGCGACCAAACUGAGUGAUUUUUCAUUGGAGAUCUCCUUGUCACUGGAUUGUUUGAAUGACUUGCAGCUGAUGGUACAAUAUGAGAACUUUAUUGUACAUUCCUACGUGGAUGGGGAUCAGAGCUAUCACACCUGGCGCAAGCUUGGAGAUGUGAUCUCCUCAACCUUCGCCCUCGGGUACCAUGAGAACCUUGAAGCAAAGCCUGGAAUUCCAUUAUUUCUAAUGGAGCUGCGGAAAACGGCUUUUGCCCGGAUCUACUCUGCAGACAAGAACAUCGCAAUUUUCCUCGGCCGUCCACCACGAAUGAACAAGCGCUUUUGUCACUUCCAGAUUCCAUCCGAUGGGACGAUAUUACGUUCGCUCGGAACGCACUUUACCUGGAGCCCGGAUGCGAGAGCUGGCUAUAGAGCAGACACGUGCUGGUCUGCCCUUUGUGCUUCCUUGAAAGAGGAGGUCUGGGAAUUGUUGCAAGAUAAGCAGGAUGCUGACUGUGUGCGGAGAGCAAGUCUGAUUCAGCGGAGAGCGGAGGAACAGUGGGAGGCUCUGCCACCCCAGUUUCGACUGGAGAGUAGCCUGAAGCAGUGUGCGCAGAGCCCCUUUGACAGAGAUUUCUUAGCACACGUUCGGCUGAACCAUUUGCAUGUCCUGUUUUUGCUACGACUCCUACUUCUAAACACGCUCACGGAGCCUGAUAUUCCCAUUAUCGAGACCGCAGGCCAGAUGCUUGCUCUUGUCGUGGAGCUCAUUCUACUGCGGGACCAAUUAACCAAUUCAGGAACGAGUCUCAUCUGGAAGGUCGCAUACUACGGACUCCCAGCAGCAGGAAUCAUUCUCCUAGCAUUACUGAAACAAUACUCCCACUCCUCGCCGGGCAUCUCACGAACAAAAAUCCUGCGAGAUUUGAGCGUCUUCGUCGCAGAGGUCCAAAUCGGAACGUUAGUGAAAACCGGGGAUCCGAAUUAUGCAUUGCUAUCCAAAGCCACGCAAACGAUUCAGCGGUUUCUAGACUCGUUCAAUUCGGAUGCUGGACAGUCUCACGAGGCCGGGACUGAUGAUGCGAAUGAAGAUUGGGCGGCUCUGCUGAGUCAGGAUUUGUGGGAUUUCGAGGCUGGGUUUUGGCAGAGUUUGGCUGAUCAUCCGUCACUUUUGGUGCUGGAUCCACCGUUGCCUGGUGUGUGAGGGUUUGAUAGACCGAAUUUGAUCAAGGACAAAAUUCCUUUCAGGAUUUGGGCAUUUAGAUAACAUAUGAAAGAGCUUUGGUACUCUACAAGAGUCGCAGCAGAGAGCUCAAUUUGAGUCCUCUGGUCUGUUCCAUUUGAAAGCCUAGCUCACUAGGUGGGCAAUCAUCAGGCUCGGGGUUCCACUGAAAACUCAAGGCUAUAAUCUAAGCAUUGUUACAACCAGUCCGACGUCAAUCGAAAGCGGGAGCACAUGCUUAUGUUCACGCUACUAAGGUCCAACCACUUACAUUAUCUCGAUGACCACUCGAGACUGAAUUGGAGGGAUCAAACAGAUCAUAGCUAGUCAGCUUUGGGUUGCAAGUAUAAAAUUCUUGUGUCAAUCAUGUUAUCCC